UUUCAUGGUAAAUUGAGGAGAAGAAAAAGAAAAUCCCCAGAUCUCUCCAAUUUCUAGGAUUAUUUAUACGCAAAACGCUUAGAUAUAUACACUACAACACUAUACAUAGACCCUAACGCUUGACCUCAACAGGUUAAAAAGCUAACAUUUGUUUCGUCUUCUUCAUUUUUUUCCUGCGUCUUAGCCGAGGCCUCAUUUAUUUCCUUUUUCUCUCAAAAUCAAUGAUGGCUGAUAAAGAAAGCCCCAAAAAGCCAAUUGUUAAUAACAGCAAUAAUAAUUCUAAGAAAAAGAAGAAAAAGAAGAGAGGCGGUUCCAAGAGGAAAAUGACCCUUGAACAGACAGUGGCAUACAAAUCAGUCAGCGAAUGGGUUUUCUUGGACAGGUCUAAUGAUAAUAUCAAUAAUUCAAUGGGUGUUUUCGAUUCAGUUUUGGAUGAUUUUGGGGUUCAAUGCUACCAACCAAAGGAAAAGCUUGUCUUUGAAUUUCACUGUCACACAACAUGCAGUGAUGGAUUCUUGUCUCCUUCCAAGCUUGUAGAGAGAGCUCAUCAAAAUGGGGUCAAAGUACUUGCUUUAACGGAUCAUGAUACGAUGUCUGGCAUCCCGGAGGCCCUGGAAGCAGCACGCAAAUUUGGCAUCAAGAUUAUUCCCGGUGUUGAAGUUAGUACAAUGUUCUCUGCAAGAGGAGAGUCAGGACCAAAAGAACCUGUUCACAUUCUUGCAUAUUACAGCAGCUGCGGGCCAAAAAAUGCCGAAGCAUUGGAAAAGUUUUUAUGUAAUAUUAGAGAUGGACGCUUCAUCCGUGCAAAAAACAUGAUCUCAAAACUGAACAAGCUCAAAAUGCCUCUUAAAUGGGAAAAUGUAAUCAAGAUUGCAGGAAAGGGUGUUGCUCCUGGGAGGCUUCAUGUUGCUCGUGCUAUGCUUGAAGCUGGCCAUGUAGAAAAUCUAAAACAGGCUUUUAACCAAUAUCUUUAUGAUGGUGGACCUGCAUAUUCUAUGGGAAGUGAACCAGUGUCUGAGGAAGCAUUGGAAUUGAUACGUGAAACAGGAGGUAUUGCAGUGUUGGCACAUCCAUGGGCACUGAAGAAUCCUGCCACCAUCAUCAGAAGACUGAAGGAAGCAGGCCUACACGGGUUAGAGGCUUACAGAAGUGAUGGAAAACUAGAAGUAUACAGUGAUAUAGCUGAUGCACAAAACCUUUUGAAACUUGGAGGGUCGGAUUACCAUGGGCGAAGUGGUCAGCACGAGUCCGAGGUGGGAAGUGUGAGUCUUCCAGUGAUGGUGGUGCACGAGUUCCUUAAGUUGGCUCGACCAAUAUGGUGCAAUGCCAUCAAAGAAAUCCUAGAAACUUAUGUCAAAGACCCCUCUGACUCAAAUUUGCAACUUAUCACGAGAUUUGGAUGGACGAAGGUUUCAAGGGGUAUUUCACCUUUCAAGUGCACCAAAGAGUUCAUAAAGCAAUGUUUAUCAACGUGGUUGUCGAAGGAAGAAAGAGAGAGCGCAGAGUUUGAGGCCAUCAAGUUGGAGCUUUGCCAUAUUUCAAUCAGUUGAACAGAGUUGGAGGCUCGUGCAGCAAAUAGUUUCUCCUGAGUUUCGUCUUUGUUCGUGUUCAUCCCAUACAUCAAGGGUGCAAGAAGAUUAAAUUCAUUGAUACAUUUGAUGGCAACUCCCGAUUCAGAGUUUUCAGUGUACUGCGUUACUUUUCGACACUUUCACAUAGGUUUUUUUAUUAUUUAUUUUAUCAAAAAACUGAAAAUUUUGUUCAUUGUCAUGUAUUUAAUCCCUCUUCAGAUUCAAAAAAUCACCCAGAAUUUGAAGUGUUGAUGGAUAAGUAACAUUAGUUUGUUUAUGUUUAAAGUUUAUCAAUAAAAAUACUAUUGAUUUAAA